AUGGCCGACACAGAUGCACAAGUCGCCGCCAUGACUGCUGCCCUAACUCAGGUCGGCAUUCAGUUCCUUGCACAACUCCAAGCACAACAAACAGCGGCAGCAACGGCUGCGGCAGCUGCAGCGCCACCUCGUACUGCAGUGUACAACCUUCAUGAUUCCGGACAACCAGUUGACCUAUCCUCUCGCAGUGGUGCCGCCGCCGCAGACAAGGCAUCUGCUAAACUCCCAAUUGAAAUUACAGGCGACAAAGCAGAGAUCGUUAUCUGGAUACAGGCCCUUAAAUUCCACUGCAGCGAAACCUACAUGGACGUUGCAGGACCCACGGGCAUUCUAUAUUUUGGAGGCAAGAACCUGCUAACAGAUUAUCACUCCAUUCUGAUGACUGAUGUUGUGAGUCAAGCUACUCUACGCACGGAUCCUCGAGCUAAACAAAACUCUGGCUGGCUUUUCAAAUGCAUUCAAAGCAGCCUUUCUCCUGCACUGCUACUUCAACUUUUUGGUUUGAACGGCAGCAUGCCAGCUCUUGGACAAGGUGAUGGACCCACAUUGUUCAAGGCCAUCAUGGACACUACUGCAUCAGCUUCCCUUGUUGUAUCAAUGCAAGCCCUUACAGACCUUGGCGUGCUUGACCCAGCGGAUUUUGACUUCGACAUCAAGAAGAUCAAUGCCAAAGCAAUCGAAUCAAACAGCCUCAUGCUUGGAUCUCGUGGGUACACCAGAAGAUCACUGAUUUUGAAGAAAGCUCAGUUGCACAGAGACAAGACAAAGGAAGUCAUUGACCUUCCAUCUACUGAUCUCUUUGCUAGGAAUCAGAAUCAACAGGAGGUUCCGCUGCUGGCCGUACCCCAAUUCAUCACACAAUGGGACGACGAACAUACCAUUGGAGAACUAACCGACGAUUUCAACUCUACUGAAGAUCCCAAGACAAUUAUCUCUCCUCCGAGAGAAAACCAAGAAUCUGAACAUGCAUCAAUUCAGGAACCCGAAAUACGCAGGACCAGAUCGGGACGACAUUCCAAACCGAAUCCAAGAAUAUUCAACGACCAAAUGGCAACCGCCAACUCUGCAUAUCUAGAAACUUUUUCACCUGCUCUUGACCAUGAAGAGCUCCAAGGGCAUGAACUACUACAAGCGGAUCACUCAGAGGAGCCACACCCAUUUGCAUCAAUCUUUGCACUUGCUGGAUCAGCUGAUCCAGACACUUUGACAUUUGACGAAGCAAUGAAGGCUCACGACCGGGCCGAAUUCAUCAAAGCCAUGUACAAAGAACUUGGUGAUCACAUUGGAAGAAAGCAUUGGAAGGUUGUACCCAUCAGAAGUAUUCCAACAUACAGUGGCAAAAGAGCAAUUCCCAUGGUUUGGGCGAUGAAAAGAAAGAAGAACCCCCUUGGGGAGAUAAUCAAGUGGAAAGCUAGAUUGUGCGCUGGCGGCCAUCGAUCCAUUGAGAAUGUUGAUUACUGGGAUACGUAUGCACCCGUGGUGUCAUGGAGCACUGUACGUCUCAUGGUCAUCUUUGCCCUCAUCAACAACUGGCAUAUGGAGUCAAUUGACUUCGUCCUAGCAUAUCCGCAAGCUCCUAUCAAGACCGACAUCUUCAUGCAACCACCAAGAGUUCCUCCAAAGUUUGCGAUUGUUCAUCCUUCUCAAUCGCUUUGGAUUUCGCAGACUCCAAUUGGGCCUAAUCCCCCAGCGCAAGCGCUGGUUUCCUCCAAGGGUGAGGUGGGACUAGGGUAA